AUGGAUCCUUUGGAGUUCACCCUUUCUGCACAAGAACGCGUACAACUCGCGAUCAGCAAGCUUCCAGUGCUCACAAAGCAAGACAUACCUACCGGCGACUCCUGCCCGAUCUGCCUCAACCCCCUAGAUGCCCUAAUAGAAGACAGGGAUCAAGGGAAGCUCACCACAACGCCGGGAGAGGAGGCCUCAGAAGUGGGAGUUACGAAACUCGUCGGUUGCGGGCAUAUAUUCUGCAGGGCCUGCUUGGUAGAGUGGAUUAAGGGCAGGCACGGAAGUUGUCCGUCGUGCCGAGCGGUCUUUUCGAGCCUCAAACCUGCUUCCGACUCCGACAACGAGUCUUCUGACGGAGACUACGUCCCUGGAGACGACGAGGACGAUGAAGAUGAGGACGAUGGGUUCCUCGACUCUGACGGCCUCAUGGAGACGGAGUCCGUGAUAGACACCAUGGACGUCGAAGACGACCUCGACGAAGACGAUAUCGAGAUGGACGGGGACGAGGCCAUGCGGAUAUGGGAAGAGCGGGCUGCAAAUGCGAUAAUGGAGAACUGGGGGCUGAGCAGCGACGGAGAAGGAUCCGAGGAUGCGUCGGAAGUGGAGGCCCUCGCAUUGAGCGAAGAGCUCUCCGGCCCACCGCAGGCUGAUGACGCCGCGGUUUACAGCGAUGCAGGAGAGUCCUCGGGCGUUCUGGAGACUCCAUCGGAAGCGGUUAGAGAGUCCAAAGUCUAG